AUGGCCGCCAGGGCCAACAUUCGUAGAGACGCGUCCUCCGAAAUCCAGACGCUGACAGAUUACGUGACCAGCGAGCAGGGAAAGAACUCAAAGAUACAGGAGACCGGGGUAACGAUUCGGGUAGCUCUUUGGUUAACUCCAUGGAACCUUAGGAAAGUAACGGCACAGAAAGAGGCCAUUCAGCCCGUCGCGUCUGCUCUGGCUGACCUGCUGACGGCCAAAGCAGUGGCAGUACUGCUCCCGAUCUUGGGAAUAUCAUGGGCUUGUGGAGUGCUGGCUGUCAAUAACUAUGCCAUAAUGUUUCAAUAUAUCUUCGCAGUAUUCAACUCAUUACAGGGGUUUUUUAUCUUUCUCUUCCAUUGCCUUCUGAAUUCAGAGGUCAGAGCUGCUCUUAAACACAAAACUAAGGUCUGGUCCCUCAACAGUAGCUCAAUGCGUAACAUCAAUGUGAAACCUUUUAAUUCAGAUAUUAUGAAUGGAAAUCGAGCCAUCACUACCCCCACAAAGCUAAACACCUGGGAAAAGAGCACAGAGUUUGGUAAUCGAAUGGACCUGUCCGCAGUGUGACCUCCUUCCUGACCCACAGUCCGAGUCUCAUCCGGGCUUCCCUCAGAAAACCUAACAACACCCAACAAACCAGAUGUGAGCAGGAACAGAAGUUUACUUAUUCCUCUCUUCUAAACUCAAAGGAAAGAAACUGCGAACUUGGAAGUAUUUAUUAUACGAGGGCUAGUGUCUGUCUCGAGGUGAAACUCGUUACAGGAAAGUAGGAUUAACUCUGCAGCAAUCAUCAAGUCUGAAAGCCGGCUUCCUGAUGGAGAAAUGCUUAGUGCGGUCUGUACCAUCCUGUGUUUAAUGUGAGUGUAUCGUUCACCCCUUUUGUGUAGGGGUUUAUUUUAUGAGUUCUCAAACCAUUAUGACAAGCACGUAUAAAGGUGUACUGUAACUUUAAGCUAAAUACAUUGUGUUAAAUGAUGAUGUUUGUUCCUUCGAUGCAUGUGUUGUGGGGUGAGAGGGAAUUAUAAGAAUUUAUGUGUGCUCAGUUGGAAUAUAUAUAUCAUUUUAUUGUGACACAGGUCAAAGACUGAAGUUUUUUUUUAUAUCUUUCUGGUAUUUGCAGUUUUUUCUGUGUUAAGAGGUGAAUUUAUCUCAGCAACAGAUUCCCAUUUUCCUGUCCCUUCCUGCUCAAAAUGGUCAAAUCUCUCCCCUGGGUUGAAAAUCCACCUGGUUUAAGAUUGGGUCUCCUCUCUGGAAUUCUCUGGCAGUUUGAUGAGUUUAACCAGAGUGUGGAAUUAAACCAGAUUAAGGAGGAAGGUGCAACGUGGGUGGGGGGAGGGGUGCGAUAAACUGGCCUCAGGCAACCCUUGGCUUGGUCGACAGGAAAUCAGCUAAAGCUUCCUGGCCCUGGUGCUGUCCAGUGAUUCAAACUGGGUGUCAAGU